AUGUUGUUCACAAGCGCAAUUCGAUGCCAACUGCAGCGACUGUGUCCGAUACAGCCGCCAAGUUCCAGUAUUGUCGUUCCUUCUGGGAUUAAACUAGCGUGGGGAAGUGGCAAGGGCCAGCAGCGAGUGCAGCCAGCGUCAGGAGUCUUGAACUUCCCUGCUCCCACCAGUUCACCAUUGAACAUUUCCGUGAGCAUCGGCACGCGCGUGGUCUGCUACGUGCCUCUAUGGAACAACGUCACUGCUGACUGGCUGCAGACGAGAAUCGCUCGCUCCUGUACUUUCGCGAAGUACUUAGGCACUGUUCAAGCUAGCGUGGCCUCGAACACUGCGGGGGCCACUGCUGUCGACAUAUUCUACGACGCGACGAUCACGACCGUGGCGACACCAACAAUUCGAGUGCGAUACGUGUCUGCUGGUGGUCCGAUUCCCUUCGCAACCACAACAGAUCCAUCGCCAACUGACACGUGCACCGAAUGCAAGCGGCUAACACUGGACGUGUGUCUCCGAGACGCCAAGUGUGCGGCCAUGGCCGACUGCGUGAUGCAAUACCAAAGCCCCAGUAGCACCACGACCGUCACCAGCGGAACCAAGCGCUCGCUCGAAGCUGACAUCACUGCGUGUCUCCCAGCGGCCAUCACCAAUGGCGUGUCGAGGGGCGACGUGAACGGCGCGUCUUGGUGCAAGCUCGUGAACGCUAGUGCGUGCUACAGCCGCAGUGCCUGUCCACUCGCUCUCGCGCCCCGGUUGAUCUACACUGGUUCAAUCUCGACUCUCGGCUCACUCACCAUUCCGUUGACUCUCAUGCGCGAUGGCACCACAGUCACACUAUCGAGCGCUGCAGACCCCGACUCCUUGGCGGUAUCUCUUCGCGGACUCAUUCAGUACGACGACAUUCAAGUGGCUCAAGUUGCAGUCGACAGCACAAGUUCAAGCACCAGUGUGACGACAUUCGCGUGGACGAUCUCUUACGGACAUUGGGCUGGGUCAUUGCCGGUCUUCAUUUCGUCGGAAUGCAAGGAGUGGACGCUCGUUGCCUACCCGACCAUCUCAGUUGGCGCAGUCAUCCCGAACGACAGCAUCCUGGAGUUGAUUCCUCGCAGUUCUACAACCACAGCCUCUUCGUAG